AUGGCAUCUGGUGCUGAUACUAUCGGUCCUAGGUGGCAGCAAUUCAAACCGCUCCACAAUGUGUGUGAGUUUCUUCACGCCCUCCACGUCUACGCCGAGGAUGCCAACAAGGGAAUCACGCGAUUUGUGGAGGCCAACCAUUUUUGCUCCCAUGCUCGAAAGGAUCUUCGACAGUGCCUGAUCUAUGACUCGAAUGCGAAGGAUGCUCGAUUGAUUGGCGUGGAGUACAUGAUUCCGAAGCAUGUAUACCUUACAUUAGAUCCUGAAGAGCAAAAGCUCUGGCAUUCUCACGAGUUCGAAGUAAAAUCUGGAAUGUUGGUAUUCCCUAAGCCGGACGGAUGGGAUACUGAGGAGUGGGAGAAGGCUGAACUUGCUGCUAUGAAGGAAGUAGUAGGGUUGUAUGGGAAGACUUGGCAUUUUUGGCAAACCGACCUUGGACAUGAGGUUCCUCUUGGCUAUCCGACUCUGAUGGGCUCCUUUACACAUGCAGAUCAAUUGCAUAUGGAUGAAGCCCUCAAAAGGCGUGAUCAGCAGUUCGGAAUCAGCUAUAAACAGAAGGCUGCCGCGAGAGCCGAUAUCCCCCCGCCUGGUGUCCAUGAAAAUGCGGACUACUGGUGGAAAUCGAAUCGUUGA